AUGCAAUCUGAAGAUAAUUUGACUGCGGAAUGUUCUAACGCUUCCAAAAAUUCUGGUGAUGAACUUACCGAAGAGACAAUUACCGACGAAACGAUUACGCAAAUUGAUCCCUCAUUUUGGGAUGAUUAUGAAAAGUUGGACCUUAAUGAAGAACGUUUGAAUCGUUACGCUAAUGAGCUGUCUUCUGAAUCAACAUCUAAAUUCACUGCCACCCCUACUAACGUCAAUGGGAGGGAAGAUGGAUCUAGCAGAUCCAAGAAAAGGAAAGUGAUUAUAGAUAGGCGAGAUAGAGCUAUAUCUCAUGCACUUGCUAACAUUGAUCGUUCGAAGGAAGUUGACCUUUGUUAUGUUUUAGAUUGCACUA